CCGACACGCAAAGCCCCACAACACAACACAGUGAGAUCGACGCACAUACGACCAAAAGGCGACAUAGUGAGGGAUUCAGUUCAGUUCAGUCAGCCCGUCCGUCGGCUCAUCGGCCGAUCUCUCUCCCUUCAGCACAUAUCAUCGCCAUCAGCGCGUCGAAGCCAUCAGAGAGCCACUCAGACAGACACACACUGAGGACAGACAGACAGACAGACAUCUGUGUGUGUGAGUCCUGCCUGUGUCCCAAUGUGUGUGUGUGCCCAUCUCUCUCUGUGUACCAGUUGGUCGAGUGCAGUGUUGUCGCCAAGCACCGCCGCCCCGCACCGCCACACGACAUCUGCAGCACACGACACACACAGACAGAUGACCACCACCACCGCCAGUCAUCACAGCGCCAUGCAUCACCUGACUGACUGACUGCCACGGACCGAUGUCUGUCUGUCAGUGCCGCCAGCAGCCGCCCCGUGUGUUUUUCGGUGAGAGCGCCCGGGAACAGAGAACCGGAGGGAGAGAGGAAGGGGUGAGGGCAGAUGACAGAUCUCGUGCAGUGGGCCGUCAGGAGGGCUGACAACGGGCCGACGGGGCAGGGCGGAGGUUUUGUCGUUGGAGAUGUCAACAGCCACUUCGUGGUGGCAUCUUUCAUUUCAAC